CUCUAGGUGUCAAACCAAGAACAACAAGAUCGUAUGAUAUCGCGAUGUCAAAUGUCGAAAUAGGAGACGCGUAUUUGGCUAGUUAGAGCUAAACACAACAGACAUAAUUACAUAAUUGUUCAGUGAUUUAUUUUACCUACCUAGAUAAUCGUCAACUUAAGCAGAAGACUGAUAGCUAUCUACGGUAGCUAGCUAACUUACAUAUGUGGCUUUUUGCUUGAAUGCUUUUUCCUGGAUUGCCGAACGUUUGCUGAUGCACAAGUGUCCUGAGGAGCACCCAAGGCCCUCCCACCUGUGACCUCCGCAGCACCACAGCAACCCCUCCAGAGGGGGGAGGAGUACUUGGGCUUCAUCAGAAAACAGAACAGGACCAGGAACAGGUAGUGGGGACCAGUAUGCCUCUUUUCUUCAGGAAGAGGAAGCCCAGUGAUGACUCCAAGAAGAGACUGGAGUAUCAGCUGUGUCUGUCCAAGGAAGCUGGCGCCGAUGACAUCCUGGACAUCUCCAACUGUGAGCUCCCAGAGGUACCCGCCACAGCCUUCUCCAUAUGCAAGGUCCUGCAGAAGAAGGUCUUCAUUCUCCAUGGAAACGAGCUGAGGUCUCUAGUGCCGAAAGGAUGCAGCAUUAGCUGCCUGGCAACACUAAAGGUUUUAGACCUCCACGAGAACAAGCUGACCUCGCUUCCUGAUGAAAUUGGACAGCUCAAGACUCUGCAGGUGCUGAACCUCGAGAAGAACCACAUAAAAGCCCUGCCUGAUUCCAUCGGGAACCUCAGACUCCUCCAGACCCUCAAUGUGAAAAAGAACAGCCUGACUCAGCUGCCAGCCACGCUGGGUCAUAUGAGCAGCCUGCGCACUCUGGACUUGAGUGAGAACUCAGUGAAGGAACUGCCCACUGCCCUGGCCAACAUCCGCACGCUGGAGUGCCUGACGCUGGAUGCUGCUGAGAUGUCCUUUCCUCCAGCCUCGGUGUGCAGCGGUGGCACUGAGGUCAUCCAGCGCUUCCUCUGCACAGAGCUGGGGUUGGAGUACUGCCCCCCAUCUCAGUACCUGCUGCCCGUGCUGGAGAGCGACGGCUGUGCGCAGACGGAAGACUGCGUAGACGGGCUGGAGGUCGCAUGGCAGAGUAAAUUUCAGGACUAUGAAAAGAGAAAGGAGCAGAAGCAGCAGGAGAAGCUGGAGUUUGAGCGCCGCCUAGGGGAGGAUCAGCGGCAUCACACAGAGCUGUUCCUCCUCAACAACUCCCACAAGGAGGACAUCCUCCAGUCUGUCAGACAGGAGCAGGAGCGGCUGGAGCAGGGCGUGUCCCAGCAACAGAGGGCACUGGAUGUGGAGAGGAAGAGGAUGCUGGGACAGGUCAGACUGGCCGAGAACAGCAUCACCGGCCGCAUCUCCUGCCUACUGCUGGAGAACAAGAGGCAGAGGAAGACUACAGAGUUCCUACAGGCUCUGGAGGAGGACCGGAUACGGAUGGAGCAGCUGACCUCCAUCACACAGGACGAAGCCGAUUCGCUGCGGAAGAGGGAAGUGGCAGCGGCCAUGCAGAAGAUGCUGUCGGAGGGCUACUCCAUGCGCCUGCUGCAGGAGGCAUGCGAGACCCGCAGGCAGAGUCUGGUGACCGAAACCUGCCGCAGUAUGGAAACUCUGGACAGGAAGUUUGACCAGGUGCUGUCACUGCAGCAGCUCGAUAAAUCCAAAGCUAUCGCUCAGAUCCUGCAGGAGGAGGAAAUGCAGAAGGCGGCCUUCCAGGCACUGCAGCUCCAAAAGGACAGCAUGCAUGGCUACAUUCGCAAGCAGAUUAGGCUAAUAGAAGCUGAGUUAAUGCAGCUGACUAGGCUGGAGGUAAAGAGGCGAGAUCUGGACGCUGAGAAUUUGCAGGAGGAGCUGUCUGACCAGCGUAGUGCUCUGACAGACCUGCUGCAGGAGCUCUUUAAACAGAAGGACCAGAGAGAGGUGGAGCUACGGCAAGUCCUGGCGGAGAUGGAGCUGAAGAGUGAAUCAAACCAGCAGAACUACUGGAUGAUUCAGUACCAGAGACUACUGGACUCUAAACCACUGUCCCUACGCAUGCAGGAGGCAGGAGUGGAGCGGGAGUUGGUGAUUCUCCUUUGCAAGCUCUCUGCUCAGCAUUACCUCCCAGUGAUCGCUCAUCACCGCAUCAGCUGUGAAUCACUGCGUCACAUGACUGCCGCUGACCUCAGCAAGCUGGGAAUCUGUGAGGUGGGAUUACAGAAGUCUCUGCUCAACUGGGCCAAGGAGCAUAUCAGCCCACCUCCAAAAGGUGCGUGCCAGGCUGAGGAGGAGUCAGCAGGCCCGUCCGUGCCCUCUGCCCCUGCCUUCACCCUGAGCCCCCCGGAAUCCCCGGCCCCCUACGACCUCGCCAUGACCCCCGUGCCGAGCCCUGACGACUCGGCCGGUGCCUCAGAGUGUGUGGUGUGCAUGGAGAUGGAGCCCCAUACGAUCUUCUUGCCGUGUGGGCACGUGUGCUGUUGCCAGGUGUGCAGCGAGGUGCUGCAGACCUGUCCUCUGUGCCGCAGCGACAUCGAACAGCGCAUACGCCUCUACCGCAACUAGGGGGCGCCCAAGAGCCCUGCCUUCUGCAUCUCCACCUCCACCACUGUAUCCACCCCACGUGUUCCUGUGCUCCUCACACCCCUCCUCCCUGUGUCUGUCCGCCCGAGCCCCUCCUGUCACACCUGCCGUAGCCAACAAGCGCCUGUCCGUCAAGCCCUCGCUAAACGGACUCGUUAGCAUCGUCAAACAGCUCGUUAACCUUGUACGACUCGUAAGCCAUUUGUUGACUUGGACGAAUAGCUCGCGAAUGACUCGUUGACCUCGUUAAAUUGCCUCGGCUGAGGCGGGAGUACUUAUUUGACUCUACUGCUGCACGACUGCACGGGUUCCCUCAGUGAAGGGUGGUGCAAGCAUUCGUAAGCAAUGUCGUAAUGUUGACCCUCUGUGUGUAAUGCUAAGAAGCUUUUAGCAUCUAGCCUGCGGCGUCAUCUUCUUAUCCUCUCACCCGAUUGGCUGGUUAAGGGGUGAAAAGCCUAGCAGGUCCAUGGGGGUCAGAGGGUCAGCUCUGAGAUAGGCGGGGCCUGCGGGCGUGGCACUGCAUCCUGCAUCAUUGUGGCGUUCCCACCCCCCUUCACCAGCAUGACAACCCAAAAUAUUGCAUCCCAUAGACUCCCACAAUAGUGCCUAACUCUGCCUGACUUCCUCUAACCUUCACCCCGCCCCAAAACUAACCUAUAACCUAUAAUCUCCGUCCCUACGUGUAACCAGUGUCUCUUUUCCAAUAAUUCCUCGCAAUGAAACCUUCCAUUCAAGUGUACUUAGAGAUUUUUAAACUCUGCAUGCAAGGGGAAGGAAUUCCUCAAACGGAACUCUUACUGCACUGUAAAGAUUAACGUAGUUAGAUAAUACAGACCUCUUCAUCACUAACUCUUUACGUUUUUAAAUCAACGGUUGUUGGCUAUAUAGGACUCAAGAAUUCUCUUCAGUUUCAAACUUUCUGCUGGUUUUGCUGGUUUUGAUGAUGUCAUGGGAGAAUUGGGGAGUUUCCUGAACCUAAUGAAGGGGAGGGAGUGUAAUGAUAUGAGCCACUGUGUGCUGUCACUCACUGAAGUGUAUCAGCCAAUAGGAUUUUCCACAGUAGAACACCACAUCAUAAAAAUAACAAUGAUAAUGGAUUGCAUUUAUAUAGCGCCUUUCACAAUGUCAAUGCCUUUUAACAGCGGGCCAGUUAAAUUGGGCAAAUUAUUUACCAGAUUAACCAGAUUGACAGAGCCAGAACAUAGAGGAAACCUGCUUGGUCUUAACAAUAACAAAGCUUUGCUCUCCUAGGCCUGCCGUUUAGCGCAAGUCUAAGGUAGCCUUUCUAAUCCCUUCAGAACAAUCAUAGGAACUUGCAGCAGUUGACUGUGUCAUGCACUAAGCGAAACAUUUGUAACUUUUUAAAACUCAGUGUUUUCUCAGUCACCUCAGUGUGUAUUGAUGCCUAACACAUAAAAAAUGUCUUACCUACCAGAGCUUGCAUUCAGAGCUGUCAGAAGUGUGCGCACACGUACACACGCAUUCCUGAACGUAGGACAGAACAUUUUGCUCCAACACACUGCCAAAUCGCUUGCACUUUUCCGAGAAUAUAGCAUGCUGUGACAUCCCCUUUAAAACUAAUUCAGGGUAUAAUUAUGUUUCAAUCAUUUUUUCAGAUUUUAUAAAGUUUUAUUUGAAUCUUCCUUCUCCGUUUCAUUUUCUCUCUCCACGCCAUGUUGUUUUUAUACUGCCCCAUGCCCAUCUGUGAAUCCCGAAUAAGAGGAACAAACUGUAUCUUUAUCAUAUUUCUGAAGAAUUACUAAAUGUAAGAGUGUAUCAUGCUGCUUUAAUAACCCAAAAUCUUUCUGCUUACUAUUGGAAAAUAUAUAACAUAUAUUUGAUGUUACACUAUAUUCUAUGGGUACUGUAUGUACACCGCAAAUAUAUGAAUGUGGCAAGGAUUGAUAUGUUUGAAUGUAAGAUGUGUGUUUUCAUGAAAUGUAUUCCGUUAAUUUUCAGGAUUUUCCUGUCAUUAAAUGAACAUGUUCUAUAUCUUCAGUUACGUGGAAUCCCAGCCCCAUUCCCACCACCAUAACCGAAUGCUAGGGUUGAUGAGAAUCCCAGAUUCAUGUUGACCUGUAGUGCACUCUAGGUCCUCUCCAUCAGCACUGCCCAAAUAUGGCAGCCAGACAAGCAGUGUUGCCAGAUGCUUAAACCCCUCCACAAUAAAAAAAAGAAAAAGAAAAAAAGAAACACAACUUCAGUACUUCAGCUGACUUCUGAAUACAUUUUCCAUAGACACCCCCCGCCCCCCACCAAUGCAACCUUUUUAACCCUUAUCAACCUUUAACUCUGCCUUUGUUUCCUCUGUUAACUCUGGUUUGGUUUAAUAGUUUUUGGCCUCUAGGUACUCUGAAAACUGUACUCUGAAAACAAUGGAGUUUUUUACAUUUUUUAAUUUUAAUUGAAAUGACCCAAACCCAGUUUAACUCAUUUAAAUAUUUUAAUGCUGCAAAACUACUUUCUGCUGGUGGGUGAGUACAGCUGAAACUAUAAAACGUUUUUUGUUUUCGUAUCCUUUGGAUCCUUUUGUAUUUUUACCUUUUAAGUUGAAUCUUAAACUUUGAAUGCUGUCUAAGAUCAUGGUAUUUUAUGUACGUCUGUUGUGUGUAUUGUGCACAUUGUGAUUGGCGAUAGAUUUUUAAGUUGCUGUAAUAAACGUGUGUUCAUUACUUCACCCUA